AUGUCCUUUCGCGGCGACGACCAGCGCCGUUAUGGCUCUGUCCCUCCGGUGCAGUAUGCUGUAGCUAGCCAACAACAACAGGAUCAACACGGCACUCAUCAGGCCGCAAGUGCAUCAGGUGUAGGCCGAAGACCGAGCUUCAACACCGGCGACGAUGCUGGAUACUACACUCAGAACCAUAGCCGGACCGCUUCCUUCAGCCGUGGCGAAGACGAGCUGUUCUUGACGGGCCCUGUUGGCCGUGGCGGCAAUCCACCCGUCAAUCGCUAUGCUUCCACCAGCAGUGCCAUGGCCGGCUAUCAACACCAAUAUCAAGAUACGACCCCUCCGACACCGUCGCAGUCAGGAUAUAAUCCUCAGAGUUUCUCGCCCUCCUCAAAUUCCGCUUAUCACAGAUCGCAGGCCUCGACGCUGCCAUAUCAUUCGGCACAGCGGUUCUCGACUUCGAGCGCUGGUUCAUACCACACUCCAUCUCCACCAACUACAACCUACACUCCUCAAGCUUACAAUCCUGCCGCAUAUGCCGCUACAAACUCCGUCCCUCAAAGGCAAGCGUCUCAUCAUGGAUAUGGACAUGCUGCACAUGAUCAAGGCUACGCGGCAGGCGUGGGAACAGCAGGCUCGCCAUCAUACGGACACUCUCCAAGUGCAUCGCACACGUCGACGUUUUCGCAACCUUUGCGCUCUCCUUCCUUUUCAUCCAGCUUCCAACAGUCUUUUCCAACCAGUCCUUCAUCCUUUACUGGUUCCAACUCUAUGAGUCAAACACCGACGUACGACCCGUCAAAUUACCACUCGUCCACUCAAUAUGCUUCUUAUGGCUCCAAUGGUGUUGCUCCCUAUCAGACUUCAGCAUCUCAGACCCAGGUUCCUUAUCCCAACUCAUCUCACAUUCCAGUAGGCCCAAACUACACAGCCAGCAAUGACCAGCACUCUUACUAUACCCACCAUCCCUCAGAUUCCCAGUCCUCUCCCAGGACUUCCCCCUACAUGCAACCUCAGUCAUCUCCUGGACUUCAACGACACCCCACCAAUGCACCACUUCCGAGUCGGCCAAUGGAAGACGUUCCCGAAGAGACGACGCUUUGGGACGAACAUGGACGUCCCCUGCCCCCUGAUGAUGUGGACGAGGAAAGAAUCACCCAAGAGACCAUUAUGCAAGACAUAGAGGCGGAGCUCGGCGGCUCUGUAUAUCGCUCCCAACGUAGGCCGUCACCCAUUGGUAGCCAAGCCUUCGAUGACCAAACCCAGAGACUCAGAGGUUACAGCUCGGCGUCGGCACAUUCUCCGGGGAGCCGAACCUCUCCCGGCCGGGGAUCAAGUCAACUGCGGUUUGACGACGAUGACGACGACGACGACGACGACGAUGACCCAGAGGGAACAGCCGGUGUGCUAGCAAUGCAACAGGCGGAGCUCGAUGACCAGCGAUUUGGUGGCGGUACAUUCAUGUAUAGCGGCACGGGUCUUGCCCCAGCUGCUCCACUUCCAGCUACAAUGCCUGCUCCCACUACGACUAUCCAAUCCAGCCUGCCAGCCCCUCCCGCAGAGGAACUGAAUCACAGUAGUGAUAGCGACUUUGGCGGUAUGGAUAUUGGCAUGCUGAGUGGAGGGUAUGCUGGGACCUUGGCCUAUGGUGCAGACAUUGGUUCCCCACCUGGAUCCUCUUCGAUGCAAAAUGGACCUAGGCCAUUGCCAACGCCGGGAUAUUUCAGCUCUCUCAGGGAGAGUUACGACCAUGCUGCUGCCUUUAACAAUGCUGAGAUGGACUAUGGAGGGACAGGCGGGCUGCAAGUCCCAGAAGCUCACAGGCUCAGCUUCGACGAGGGUGGGGAAGAACACGUUUCCAUUCAUUCCCAACACAGUGGAACCGAAUCGCCCACCAGGGACGAUUACCAAGAUCUAUUCUAUCACCCUGGUCUUUCGAAUCGUCCGCUCCCUGCUCUGCCUCCUGGUCCCGGCUCUGAUAGCAGCUCUAUGCUCUCUGUUCAUAACAGUGCCCGGUCGCAACAUCAACAUGCUCAUUCCAUCAAUGCUGAUGCGAGAUACUAUCAGGCCGAUGGCCCUGAAAUCUUUUAUCAACAUGGGGGUCAACAGACGCUGCAUCCAGAACGAUCAGUAUCUCUGGGUGGCCGUAGCCAUAGCCAUACGCCGCAGAUCCAGGCUCCUGCAAGGUCGAGAACGGAUGCUGCUGAAGAACGAAAGAAGAUGAAUCGCAAUCACCAGAUCACACAACAAAGUCCAGCUCUCGACUAUGAUAGGGCAUCCGUGGCUGCAUCCGGCGCUUUCGAUAGUAUCACUUUGCCUAGCGGACGGAAGAGAAGAUUAGUGCCAUCGAAGCUCACAUCUAGCGAUUUCAACGACUGUAAAGCGCCAUGGGCAUCAAGUCAUAUUGAGGCAUGGAUUCGCAACAUGGGCGAAGGCGAACCGGAUCUAAAAGAGAAAGCUAUCGAAGAGGCUGUAACGAAUCUCUUCGUAUACAAGAUACCCACCAUAAACGUCGCGGACGCUGAAGCUUUGAGCAGUCAGGUAGUAUCCGGUAUGCUCGAGUCUCAAGUUCUUCUUCCAGAUGAGGAAUGGGUCAAGUUUGGCGACGGCCACAUUUCGGGUGUCCUAUGGCAGUUGACGGGAUCGGGCUGCUACGCACCUAAGCUUCACGAUGUUGAGAUGAGUGGCCGUUGCUAUUCUCAUUACUGUACUCGAACUCUGAAGAAGGUUGAUUUGGAGGUCCUCUCAGAAGAAGUGCAGGGUGCUGAUGCAUGGCAUACUUUUUAUAAAUUGACAAAGGAAGUUGUUGAUUCGAAACCAAAAAAGGAAGUCGAACGCCAAAACAUUCUUCAUGAAAUUGUCACAGGCGAAGAGAAUUACAUCAAGCAACUCGACAUUUUCCGAAGGUUAUACAGAGAUGACCUGAGAACAAGGGCCCCACCCAUCAUCCAUCCCGACAAGCGAGAUAAGUUCUUGACAGCAGUGUUCGGAAUGCUCGAUACCGUUGUUCAUAUCAACAAAGAUCAUCUCCUGGCACAGCUCAAAUAUCGUCAGCAAGAACAGGGUCCUUGGAUCUCAGGCUUCAGCGACUUAUUCCGUGAAUGGGUCCGGAAGGCCAAAUGCGUUUAUACCGAGUAUGCCAUUGGCUACCCGCGAGCUGCCUACAUGGUCAGAAAAGAAGCCGAUCGAAAUUUGCUCUUCAAGCGAUUCCUCGAAGAUAAGCAGAAGGACAAGCUGUCCGCCAAGCAGGAUUGGACUCAUUUUUUGAUUACCCCUGUACAACGUCUUCAGCGCUACAUCCUGUUGCUCCAGAGUGUCGAGCACAAAAUGAUCGGGGACAGCGAAGAAAAGACAAACUUGCAAAAAGCGAUCCAGGAGAUUCAAACCGUCACCCUUGAAUGCGAUGCCAAGGUAGCAGAAACCAACAAGAGGGUUCAGAUGAUGGAAUUGGAUCGAAUGCUGGUUCUCAGACCAGGCUUCCAAUCUGUCCUAAAUCUAGACCACCUGGGCAGAGUUCUAAUCAUGCAGGGCGAGCUCCAAAGGAUGGGUUCGAAAGGCAUGAGAUGGGUCGACUCCCAUGCCCUUUUAUUUGACCAUUAUUUGAUCCUUGCCAAGGUCGUCGUGCCCAAGGACGGCAAGGGGGAAAGGAAGUACGAUGUCUCGAGAGAGCCUAUCCCAAUGCCCCUCCUGUUCCUUGAGAGUAUGAACGAUGAGCCAGUCAUGAAGCAAAAAGGCCUAACUGCACCUCUCGGCAGAGCCACUGCCGCUCCAGUAGGCGCUCAACUGAAUAAGGUAGCCACUAAUGGUGCUGGCCGACCCGGGUUGGAGCAUACACCUACAGGAUCAUCAGGAACUUCAUUGGCACCUACCACGUCAAACGAUAACGAAAGCAAAAUUUUGUACCCUUUCAAGGUGAAACAUCUUGGCCAUGAAGUGUACACUCUCUACGCAUCCUCUGCCCGGGACAGACUUGACUGGUGCAAUAGCAUUAUCGAGGCCAAGACGAGGCACGCCAAGGCCUUGUAUGCUCAGAAUGCCGAACCGUUCAGGCUCCGCGUGUUAGCGGAUGCUGCCUUCCAUUACGACACCGGUUCCAUGUACGCAAGAGCAUCGGGUGUUCCGGUCAAAGGUACCCCCCUCGACAGAGCUAUCCAGGACUUGGACAAGGUCUUGGGCUCGGCACAGGGCACCGCGGCAGUGUGCCGUGCACAGGUGAACUGUGCCACAGGGUUCUCAGCCUUCGGAAAGUCACUCAUUGCUAUCGGUACAGAUUACGGCGUGUAUAUAUCUGAUUCUUCUAAUCCUCGCGGGUGGACUCGGUCUGUGCAAACUACUCGGGUUACCCAAAUUGCUGUGCUUGAGGAGUUUUCGGUUUGUCUCAUUAUUGCAGACAAGUCACUUAUUUGCUACCCCUUGGAGGCCAUAGCCCCUGUGUCAGAAUUUGCGGCACCAGUCAACGACAAUACCCGAACCGCACCUCUACGACUUGCAAAGGAUGUGACGUAUUUUGCGACAGCACGUAUGAAGGACCGAUUGCUAGUCUUUUACAAGCGGAAGGAGGGCCUGCACACAUCCUUCAAAGUUCUAGAACCAAUCUUUCACAAGGCAACUGAGAAGAAGUCUCGGCUUUUCGGCGGCCGCAAGUCGGCUGGUGGCAGCACCGAUACCUUCCGCGACUUUGAUGAGUUCUACUUGCCAACCGAUUGCUAUUCACUCAGCAUAUUUCAGACUUAUAUCGCUGUCGCAACGUCCAAGGGUGUCGAAAUGCUUACACUGGACAGGAAGCAGCCAAUGUCAAUUCCCGACUUGAAGGCACCAGCAAUUGCCAAUAUCGCAGGUCGUAUUCGGGAACAACGACCACUCGGCAUGUUUCGCCUGGAUUCAAGCGAGUUCAUUGUUACGUAUGAAGACUGUGCUGUUUACGUAGAUAAGCAUGGUGACGUCAGUCGCACUCUUAUCAUGGAGUAUACUGGCAAGCAAAAGAAGGCGAAAGGGGCGACCAUGUAUAAGCAAUAUCUUUUACUAUUUAACGAAGACUACGUGGAGGUGCGCAACGCAGGGAAUGGUCGGCUUCGACAGAUUAUUGCCGGACGGGAUGUCCGAGUCAUCGACUUUGGCCUCGGUGGUCCGACUGGCGGUAAUGCAGCUCAGUCACAGCAAACAUACGGACCCAAUGGACAGUCACUACUGGCUGGCGAUACGUCCAAGGGCUCUGUCAAGAUUGCAAUGUGUCAUCCAGAGCUACCCGGUCGACAAAUUGUCUUGGAAUUGCUUCUUAAUGACGGCCACUCUGAAAGUUAA